UCCAAGUUUUCCAAUCUUGCUGAAAAGGACAAGCACUUUGGGUCUUUUUCUUCUUCCUUCAAUUUAUUAUUUUUUCCACUUUCCGCGUGUAGAUUGUGAGCUAACGGUACUAGCUAGAAAGGAACUCUAUAAAACCCCAUUGAGAAGAUGAUUCAUAAACCAUAGCUGGAAAGCAGAAAGGAGAGGCCUUGAAUACUUUUGAGUGUUUGAAAAUGGAGUUAAAGAAGAAGGGUCUGACUUUGGAGCUUUUGGCACUUGUGUUGUUGGAGCUCUUCAGCUUGUGCUUAGGGGAAACCUACAGAUUCAACUGGAAUAUCACUACUGCUUCAUACACCAGACUUAAUAGCACCAAGGAAAUAUUGACUGUGAAUGGGGUAUAUCCGGGGCCAGCAAUACAUGUCCGCAGAGGUGAUAGGGUCUUCAUCAAUGUUGUCAACAACGGAACCUAUAAUGUCACCCUUCACUGGCAUGGAGUGAAACAGCCAAGGAAUCCAUGGUCAGAUGGUCCAGAGUACAUCACCCAGUGCCCAAUCCAGACAGGAGCAAACUUCACAUAUGAGAUAAACUUCACCACAGAGGAAGGAACCGUUUGGUGGCACGCCCAUAGUGACUGGUCAAGAGCCACAGUUCAUGGCCCUAUCUUUAUUUACCCCAAGCUUGGAGCUUCCUACCCUUUCUCCACGCCCUACGAUGAAGUCCCCAUUAUUAUUGGAAACUGGUACAUAGGAGAUGUGAUGGAGGUGCUUGAAGAAGCCAUUCUGGGUGGAGGAGAACCAAAUGCCUCAGAUGCUCAUACCAUUAAUGGACAACCAGGAGAUCUCUAUACAAGCUCCCAAGAAGGAACUUUCACGAUGGUGGUGGAGAAAGGGAAAACCUAUCUUCUUCGCAUCAUCAAUGCAGGGAUGAAUGAGGAUAUGUUCUUUGCUGUAGCCAAUCAUUCACUCACAGUCGUUGGAUCAGAUGGGGCCUACCUUAAACCCAUAACAACAGAUUAUAUCAUGAUAACCCCAGGCCAAACCAUGGAUUGCCUCUUGGAAGCCAAUCAAACUCUUAGUCACUAUUACAUGGCUGCUAGUGCUUAUUCCAGUGGAGAAGGUGUUGGCUAUGAUAACACAACAACCACAGCAAUUAUCCAAUACAAUGGCACUUACACCCCUCCAUCAACUCCAUUUUUCCCAACCCUCCCUGAUUAUAAUGACACUGAUGCAGCAACUAACUACACUAAACGCCUUAGAAGCUUGGCCAGUACAGACCAUCCAGUUGAUGUCCCUCAAUCUUUUGAUCUCAGAAUCUACACAACCAUCUCUGUGAACACAUUGCCUUGUGUCAAUAACUCCUGUGAUGGACCUGAUGGGUCAAAACUCUCUGCAAGCAUGAACAACAUUAGUUUUAGUAACCCAUCAAUUGAUAUACUUAAAGCUUAUUAUAAGAAUAUCACAGGGGUUUAUAAUGCUACUUUUCCUGAUGAACCACCUUACUAUUUCAACUUCACAGCAGAUGUGUUGUCAUCUAAUCUUUCAACACCAACAGUGGAUACUAGGGUGAAGAUGAUAGACUUCAACUCAACAGUGGAGUUUGUGUUCCAAGGGACUAACUUGAAUUCAGGGGAGAACCAUCCAAUGCACCUUCAUGGAUAUAGCUUUUAUUGGGUUGGAUGGGGAUUUGGAAACUUUAACAAGACAAAAGAUCCUGAAAGCUAUAACUUGGUUGAUCCUCCUGAAAUCAAUACAGUAGGAGUCCCUAAGAAUGGAUGGGCUGCCAUCAGAUUCAGAGCAGACAACCCUGGAGUUUGGUUCAUGCAUUGUCAUUUGGAGCGUCACACUACCUGGGGUAUGAACACAGUGUUAAUAGUGAAGAAUGGUACAACCAGACCAACAAGUAUUCGAAGGAAACCUAAAUAUAUGCCUCCCUGUUGAGAUUUGUCAUUUGAAGAGGGUAGCUAGCUCUAGACGUCGGUAUUGGACACAAGGGUUGUUGAUCAGUUUUAGUAUUUUUGUGUGUGAGAAGUCAAAUAGUUAGAUCAGUGAUUUAUCGUAGGAACUAGGCUACUGGAGUUUGUGUAUUAUUGAGGUUGGCCUUCCCCUUCCCCUUCCCCCUCCCCCCAAUGCCCAUCCCAUUUCUUUGGUUCAAUAAAGAGAAGGUUGUUUGGUAAGUUCUGAGCCAUGGGUACUUCAUCAUAAUAAGAGAAAGAGGUUGCUGUAAGUGAAGAAAAAAAUCUUGUAUUAUUUUGUUUUUGUGUAUGCUCACAAAGGCCGGUUAUUGUAAUUACUGUACUGUUAGUUGUAUGCUCUCUAAAAUAAAGAAUGGUUUGAGUUUCCA